GAUAAAUAUGCGUUCAUCGUGGAAUGGUAUGACAUCCAGGCAGCUCUUAUCCGGAGAUAUAUUCUUACUUAUUAUAAUGAAGACUGUGCUGUCGAACUGUUUGAUAUGAAGACAAGGAAGAUGUUCUUGAAAAGAGUUAGAGUAAAAGAAAUUUGUUUGAAUGACUUGAUCAUUGGCAAUAUAAUAAACGUCAUGUCUAGACCCAUGAAAAUUAUUGAUUAUGCUGAUCUCAGGACAAAACGACAUCUUGGAAAAAGAGAUGAAAGAACGAUGUUGCUGAUAAAACCCGAUGCAUAUGAAAAAGUGGGAACAAUGAUAAACGACUUAUAUGCGGCUGGCUACAUCAUCAGAAGAAUGAAAAGUUUUCAGUUGAACACGAAACAGGCUGCAGAUUUUUACAUUGAUUUCUUGGAAGAAAGUGAUUACAGGUCAAUGUUCAUAUAUUUGGCCAGUGGGCCGGUUAUAGUGAUGGAGCUGAUCAAAGAGAAUGCUUUUUUUGACUUGUGUCAGUUGGUCGGACAUCUUGAUCCCAAUGUUGCCAGAACGGAAAACCCUAAUUCUUUCAGGGCCAGAUUCGGCAUAGAUAAGUUAAAAAAUGCCAUACACUGUCCAGCCACUGGAGAAAAGGUCCGAAGUGAAAUUGAUUUUUUUUUCGCAACCAACAACGUCAUGAACACAGUAACAUACAAAAACUCAACUUGUGUCGUCGUCAAACCUCAUGCCAUAGAUGACGGACAAGCUGGGUACAUAAUAGAGUGCAUACAGAAUUUGGGCUAUCGAAUCUCUGCCUAUCUCAUGUGCACCUUCGAUAAAGUAAACGCUGAAGAGUUUUAUGAAGUUUACAAAGGGGUUGUACCUGAAUAUCCAAAGAUGGUAGAUGAACUUUCAAGAGGGUUGUGCCUGGCUAUGGAAGUGAAGUUACCUGACGAGACGCUGAGAACUGCCGAAGAAACCACUGAACCGUUUCAAAAUUGUCAACAACACAUGAAUUUCAGGGAUGUUGUUGGACCGUCUGAUCCCGAACUGGCUCGUAAAAUACGACCGAAUACACUAAGGGCAAAAUUUGGAAUGAACAAAAUCCUCAACUCAAUCCAUUGCACUGACCUUCCAGAAGAUACAGUCAUAGAAUUAGAAUAUUUUUUUAAAAUUGUUGAUAACAAAUAA